AUGGAGACUGAGCCGAAGCAAGUUGUGCCAUCGGGCAUGGAUACAAUCGUGUGCGUUGCAAUUAUCACCGCAGGGCUGGUUGCCUUCCUGUGUUCGGGUCACGCUGGCGUGAUUCUAGUCCUGGCAAUCUUCAUUUGCAUAUGGCUCCUCUGCGACCUGAUGAAGAUCUAUCAGUAUUAUUGGCUGGGCAAGGACCCCGAAGUGGUGAUCUCCUCGGGUCAGAUGCCCAUGCGCCCGAUUCCCAAGCACUGUCGGGCAGAAGGCAGCGCAAGUUCAGGUUCGAAGUGA